AGUGAUCUUCUCCAAGCUCCCAACAACAUCAUCACCCUAUCUUUUGAUCCUCAACCACCCCCACACAUUCCCAUUUCCCAACUCUCCCGCCGGCGAUGGAUUGCUGCCUCUCCGCCCCCAAACAGCAGGAGAACUCCAACUCCGGUGAUGACAGCUACCACGACGGCCCAGGCACCAAUGUUAAUCCCCCUCAUCAUCAGCCGUCGCAGCCCCCCGAUGGGGAAACAGUGCCAUUCCGCCAGUACACUCUUGAGGAGCUAAGUGCAGCGACGCAUGAAUUCGCCCGCGCGCCGGUGCAUUAUCUCAGUAGGAGGCGGCGAACUCCCGAACAUCACCUUCAGGGGCACCUUGAUGGCGGCCAACAGAUCGCCGUCAAGAGGUUCUCCAAGUACGCCUGGCCUGAUGAAGAGCAGUUCAGGGAGCAGGCAAUUAAAGCGGGAAGGUUGAGACACAGGAGGCUUGCGAGAUUGAUUGGAUACUGCUUCCAGGAGGAUAUGCGGCUUCUUGUGGCCGAGUUCAUGCCCAAUGAUUCACUCACCAGACGUCUUUUAUACUCUACUACAGAUAAGACCAUGGAGUGGUCUAUGCGCUUAAGAGUCACAUUCUAUAUUGCAGAAGCUUUGGAAUACUGCAUCAAUGAAGGACAAGCUCUAUAUUUUGAUUUGAAUUCAAAUAAAGUGCGGUUUGAUAAGGCUAUAUUUGUCACUUUAAAACCAAACAAGUUAUGUUGGUUCCACUCAACCUGA